AUGCAGUCGGGAAUCUCAGUCUCCGCGGAGCUCCAAGAUGCCUUUAGUCGCUUCAGCUCCGACACCUCCAGCUUCUGUCUCCCAGUAACCAUCACAGCGGAGAGCCUGACGCCGCUGUCCCCGAUUUCCUUCGCAGGCGCCUCGGUCGGCGAAGAGGCCUUCUUCGCCUCGCUGCCCCAGAUCUCUUCGAUCCUGCAGCCCAAGACCCCGCUCUACCUGCUGCUUCGCCGUCCGACCGCCGCGGCAUCCUCGCUCAUCGCUCUCACCUAUAUCCCAUCCAAUGCACCCGUCCGGCCGAAGAUGCUCUUCGCCUCUACCCGCUCGACGCUGGUUCGCGAGCUGGGCACCGAGAAGUUCGCUUCAACGGUGUUCGCCACUGAAGAGGAGGAGAUCGUGGGGCGGGAGGCCUGGCGUGAGCGCGACGACACCAGCAGAGGCGUUGGGCGGGAAGAACUGAUGGGCGAGAAAGAGCGUGAGUUGGAGGCCGUGCGCAGAGCGGAGGCAGAGGCUCGCAAUGGCACGCCACAGAGGGAUAUCGGGAUUGGGGGCACUUUUGGCCCGGGCUCAGGAUCGGGCAUGAGAGUGUCGAUGCCGGUCGAUGAUGCGGCGAAGAGGGCUCUGAAGGAGCUGCAGGAGGGCGGCCUGGUGCAGCUGACCGUUGAUAUUCCCACGGAGACCAUUACUCUCGCCGACGCCAAGUCCGAUGUUGACGCUGGCUCCGUUGCCACCCACAUCUCUUCCUCUUCACCCCGCUAUUCCUUCUACCAUUAUCCUGGCACAGACGUUGUCGUGUUUGUGUAUACUUGUCCCACCGGAUCAUCGAUCAGGGAGCGCAUGCUGCAUGCCAGCUCGCGGAGAAAUGCCAUCUCGGUCGCCGAGGGCGAGGGGCUCAAGAUCUUGAAGAAGAUUGAGGCCUCAGGCCCAGACGAAAUCACUGGAGAUCGGCUGAAGGAAGAAGUUCACCCGCCACAGGAUCAGGGUACUGCGCGAGGAUUCGCUCGUCCGAGACGUCCGGGUCGGUAA